UGAAAAACCUACCUUUUGUCUCGGAGUCUCUCUCGCUCAGACGCUUGCGCCUCACAGGAACGGACUCCAGCAAGAAGGCAAACGUCAAACUUACGCUGACUGUCGUCGUUUUCAGUGUCAUCUAUUCCCGUUACUCCAGCUUCUUCGCCAUAGCCUACGGCAAUUGGGUGCAAACGUGAAGCGGUGCAGGAAAAGCUUGAAAUUUGAGUAUAUUCUCCUAGCCUCAUAUUCAUAGAGUGAAGGAGAACAAGCGGCUAAGGUUUUCUUCCUCGAAAUUCGCUAAAAACCUGAGGCAGAGGCAAAAAGGGUACAUAUUAACACUCCUUGGUGCCAAUUCAUCAUGUGUAGCAGUGAUUUCUACUCAACUUCUUCAACAAAGGUGGAAGGUUAUCAGUUGAAAUGACUGAGGAAGAAGUGUUUGAUAGAACAAGUUCUGGAGGUGAAGAUGGUCCAAGCGAUCCAAGCUCUAAUGAAGUAAUAAAGAAGGAAGAGCGGAAGAAUAAAAAGAAGAAGCGGUUACUAAUGGAAACUGAAAAGGCGAACAAGCGUGGUGUUUGCUACUUAAGUCGGGUACCUCCUCACAUGGAUCCUUUGAAGCUACGUCAGAUUCUCUCCCAGUAUGGUGAAAUUCAAAGAAUUUAUCUCACCCCUGAAGAUCCUGCUGCACGAGUACAUCGUAAAAAGGCUGGUGGAUUUCGUGGCCAAGAAUUCUCAGAAGGGUGGGUUGAGUUCACCAAGAAGAGUGUUGCCAAGAGGGUUGCUGAGAUGUUAAAUGGGGAACAGAUAGGUGGCAGGAAACGGUCAAGAUUUCAUUAUGAUAUUUGGAAUAUCAAGUACUUGAGUAAAUUCAAGUGGGAUGAUCUUACCGAAGAAAUAGCAUACAAAAGUGCCAUUCGGGAGCAGAAACUAGCUUUGGAAAUUUCUGCUGCCAAGAGAGAGCGAGAUUUUUACCUCUCAAAAGUUGAUCAGUCAGUAGCCUUAAGUAAUAUAGAAGAACGACUAAAGAAGAGGCAAAAGGGCGAACAAGUAAAGAAGGUCAUGCGCCAAUUUCAUCAGAAAAAGCCAGUUGUAGAGGAAACUGAAAAGAAGUCCCAACUAUCCAGGGAUAUCCUGGCUGGAGUUUUUGGCAGUUCUUCAUGAUCAAGUUUGCAUUUGCAGUGCGGUUUCUUGAGGUUCUGGUAUUUUUUGGUUUAUACGUGUAACUGUUUACAACUCGCAGAGAUAUUAAUGCAAUUUUCGAUUCAUAAAAUUUGCUAAUUUGCUCUUGUACAAGAAGUGAAGUGUAUAAUUUUUACCCUGCUCGACCUUAAGGCUGCCGUGGCGAACCUUUGAAUAUCAGGUAUAUAAGAAGACA